AUGCAGCAGCGCCCGACUCGCUCUCACGGCACCCGCUGGCGCGCCCUUCGCUUCAUGCGGCGACAGCAGCUGCCGCUCGUGGCCAAGUCUCUUGCUGCUAUUGCAGUUGUGAGCUACUUGUAUUGGAACGUGAGUAUCACCAAGCAGCUAUCAGCGGUGCCUUCUCUGCGACCUGAAAACGCUCAGGGUGUCGCUCAGGAGCUACGCGACAGCUAUGAGGCGAUACCGGGGGAGGGAAAUGGCGAUUCGUGGCUGGUGCCAGAGAUAUAUCGCAAAGAGAAUGGCUGUGAUUUUACAACGGCUGUAGCAAGGUUCAAGCCGGCUGAGCUCGAGCUGAACUGUCAAAAUAUGGAACAGCUGGAGAUUACGGGGUACAUUGGCAAAGGGUUUUGGCGAGAAGUGUUCAAGGCCAAGUGGAACGGACGUGACGUGGCAGUCAAACGCGUCAAGGAGAAACUGAUGAGUCGACCGGACAUUGUCAUUCGCCACGUGGAGGAGUGCGCGACCAUUUUCCCGAUACGCAACGAUCCCAACAUUGUGAAGCUCGUGGGCUGGUGUGAAACGACAGUAGUGGUGGACUACCUUCCGCACCCGCUUGACUUGUUGCUGUUCGACUCAAACGAGUCAGUACCGGUACGUCGAGCGUUGGAGCUGGCGCGCGAUGCUGCCCGAGGCGUGGCACAGCUGCACAAUGCCCCAGGAGGCCCCUUUGCGCAUACCGAUCUGCAAUCUCGCCAGUUUUUGAUCAAUGCAAACGGCACAUUGCAGCUGAAUGACUUCAACCGUGUGAAAUAUGCCGGCCCACGCUUAGUGGACGGCAAGCCAACCGAUGAGAUGUGCAUGUUUGAUGCUUCGGUCGCGAAAGGGAAAUGGCGAUCUCCAGAAGAGUAUCAGUUUCUGCAACUCGAUGAGAAGCUCGACAUCUACAGCUUGUCUUUGGUACUUUGGACCCUGCGAGCUCGAGUGAAGCCAUUCGAAAAUCUUGAUAGAGCGGAGACGUACCGGAUGGUGCCUGCAGGUGUGCGACCACCACUGGAAGCAAUGAGCGACUUUCCUCAACAAAUGCAGGACCUCAUUGUCAGGGGCUGGGAUAACGAUCCGAAGAAACGACCGAGCGCUAAGGAGAUGGCAGACGAGAUCGAGCAGAUCCUGGCAAGCUAUGAAGGCAACUGA